UCUCUCUUUUCAGCAGCAGCCCGAUCGAGUGUGUGCGUGUUUUGAAGAUUCGACGUCGGAUCGAAAAAAAUAUUAUUUUCGUGCUGAUAUUUUGUAAUUUUCUGGAAAUACGAUUAAUUUCACGGUUGAAUAGUGAACAUAAUACAGAGUGAAAGAUCAUCAAUCAGCUCGAAUCUACCAUAUAUUGAAGAAAGCCACGAUCAAACACGAGAGACGCAACAUGGAUGCGGAGAAAUCGAGUAGCAGCUCGUUUGAAGAUCUUUCCAAUAUCAAUGAACAGGAGCGGGCCGAAAUGAAUUCCUCCACGGGCCAGCAGGAAACGGCUUCGAAAGACAAAAAUGAGGAAUACUUGGACAUCUUAGGCAACGGGACACUUCUGAAAAAGGUACUCAAAGAAGGUCAAGGCGAACGCCCCGAGAGCAAAGACAUUGCCGUUAUCAACUACACUGGCCGGCUCGAUGAUGGAACCAUCGUGGAAGAAGAGCGAGACUGUGUGGUUCAAAUCGACGAUGUAGAAGUGGUGCAAGGGCUGGAUAUGGCUCUGAAGCUGAUGAACGUUGGUGAACAGGCGGAAGUUAUUGUAGCCGCAAGAUUCGCAUACGGAGAACUGGGCCUGAAGGAUGAGGAUCACCCGGAAAGAACCGUGCCCCCGAACGAGAAAAUUACCUACACAGUCGAACUGGUGUCGACCAAGGAGGAAACUGACCUGGAGAGUAAAUCCUAUGCUGCGCGAAAGGAGAUUGGCAACAAGAAACGCCUGAGGGGCAACUUUUGGAUGAAACGGCAGGAGUAUAAUCUGGCAAUCCAGAGCUACCGAAGAGCUCUGGAAUACCUGGAUGAGAGCGAAGGUGGUAUCACAAAUCCGACGGAAAGUGGCCAGUUGGAGCCAACGAACGCAGAGCUACAAGAGCUGCUGGAAGAUCGCAUGAAGGUUUACAACAACCUGGCUCUAGCUCAGUUGAAGAUUGCUGCGUACGAUGCUGCCCUGAAGUCGGUGGAACACGUCCUGCAGUGUCAGCCGAACAAUGCGAAAGCCCUUUUCAGGAAAGGAAAGAUCCUUGAUGCUAAAGGUGAUACCAAAGGCGCUAUAUCGUUCCUACAAAAGGCUGCAACAAUUGACGAAGACGAUAAGCUGAUCCAGUCUGAACUUUCCAAGCUGGUUUUGAAAUCGAAACGUGAGGCGCGCAACGAGAAAGACCUGUACCAGAAGAUGCUGGGGCACGCUCAGAAGCUGGAACAGAAAUCCAAAUCCGCACCGGCCACUCAAAAUCGCGAAACUUCCAAGCUCUGCUCUUUCUUUCAGUUCAAGCUGUGGGGCUACCUCAUGGGAUCGAUUCUAAUUGGCGUCGCUGGUGUGGCCAUCUAUCGUUACAACAAUAGGUACUUUUAGAAAAUACCAGGACCAUCGGAACCGUGACGUCGAAAUUUCAAAACUAGGGACAUAGCAAUUGCAUUCAAUAGCGGAACGUAGGGAAGGUAUUUUUUUAGUGAAAUCUUUUCGUCGGUAACAGUGAAAUGGAAUUCAUCACAUUUACAUGUACUUCGUCACCAAUAUGGAUAGGUUAACCUUUCAGAUAGGCAAUCAAUUGCUGCAUGCCCAUCGCUACAAGCACUGCUGAAGAAUCAUCUAUCAAAAAUGACUAACAGGCUAUCAAACAGAGAAAAGACAGUUCCAAAGGAGAGAAUAUGAUGAUCCUAAGGUGUAGCAUUUUAACAUUUCUUAUGUUUUUGGAACUAUCUAUGUAAGUAAACCUGCGAAAACUGAAGCGACCUGCCGCGUACAUUUUUUUUACUGCGAAAGGAAUCGAACAAAAUCAUUGCAAACAUCCUAUAGAAAGCCUUUUUUAUGUCAGUAUAGUAGCCGAUUUAUUGGCUUGGGGUCGUUAUAUGUCAUUCCACAGUGCAGGUGUAGUACGUAAUGUAACGUAAACGUAAGCGUGUGAUGCAUGUAGAGAUUUUCCAGUUUUUUUUUACGAAACAAUAAAAACAGCUGUAUAAUAAAUAUUCUCCAGCACCUAUGAA